CCUUCAUCGACUUCUUUGGUUUAUAGCCACGAGGUUUUAGAAUUAUUUCAAUUUAUUAGAAAAUUAUUAAAAAGAAAAUUGAUUUCUGACAAAUAAAAUGCCUCCAAGCAAUCCUUUACCACCUAAAGAGAAUGCUCUUUUUAAAAGAAUUUUGCGGUGCUACGAACAUAAACAAUACAAAAAUGGGUUAAAAUUCGCCAAACAGAUAUUAUCCAACCCAAAGUUCGCGGAGCAUGGAGAAACCUUAGCCAUGAAAGGUCUAACAUUAAAUUGCUUAGGUCGCAAGGAUGAGGCAUAUGACUAUGUACGCAGAGGUCUACGUAAUGAUCUGAAGUCCCCAGUAUGUUGGCAUGUGUAUGGGCUGUUGCAGCGCUCUGACAAGAAAUACGAUGAGGCAAUAAAAUGUUACCGUAAUGCACUAAAAUGGGAAAAGGAGAAUAUUCAAAUUCUCAGAGAUUUGUCACUAUUACAAAUUCAGAUGAGAGAUUUAGAGGGUUAUAAAGAUACCAGAUAUCAGCUUUUCAUGCUGAGGCCUACACAAAGAGCAUCAUGGAUAGGAUUUGCUAUGAGCUACCAUCUCCUCGGUGAUUAUGAAAUGGCAAACAGUAUCCUAGAUGCAUUCCGCACUCAUCAGAUGAAAGGUCCAUAUGAUUAUGAACACUCAGAAUUGCUAUUAUACCAGAAUAUGGUACUGGCCGAAUCAGGACAAUAUGAGAGAGCUUUGCAGCAUUUACAGAAGUUUGAAAGUCAAAUUCUGGAUAAAUUAUCUGUGAAAGAAACUUCUGGGGAAUAUUACUUAAAAUUGAACAGAUUCAAGGAAGCAGAAGGAAUUUACGAAGACUUGUUAAAGAGAAAUCCCGAAAAUGUUUUGUACUACAAUAAGUUAAUAGAAGCGAAACAACUCAUUAAAGCUGAAGACAAAGUGGCCUUUUUUGAUGAAUACAAGAAGCAGUAUCCAAAGGCAAUAGCACCACGACGGCUGCAAUUGACCGAGGCACAGGCGCAGUCCUCAUUUGAAAACCUCGUUGACGAGUACCUCAGACAUGGACUGUACAAAGGAAUUCCUCCACUUUUUGUAGAUUUGAGAUCUUUAUACGCAGAUCCAAUGAAAGCGGAAACGAUAGAGAAAUUAAUAAUACAGUACAUAGAUAAUUUAGCUAAAGAUUGUACAUUUGGGCCAGACCCGAGUGAAGUGAAGCAGCCCGCAAGCGCGCUUUUGUGGGCGUAUUAUUUCGCGGCCCAACACUUCGAUCACAAGAAGGAUACGGAUCGAGCGUUGCAUUACAUAGACGCCGCCAUUGAGCACACCCCUACAUUGAUAGAAUUGUUUAUUGUUAAGGGAAGAAUAUACAAGCAUGCCGGCGACCCAAUAUCCGCGUACCAGUGCUUAGAGGAAGCUCAAGCGAUGGACACGGCGGAUCGAUACGUCAACUGUAAAUGCGCGCGGUACAUGCUCAGGGCGGGCCACAUCAAACGAGCCGAGGAGAUGUGCGCCAAGUUCACGAGGGAAGGUGUACCGGCAACGGAGAACUUAAAUGAAAUGCAAUGUAUGUGGUUCCAAACGGAAGCUGCUGCUUCAUACCAAAGACUUCAACAAUGGGGAGAGGCUCUGAAAAAAGCACACGAAGUCGACAGACACUUCUCGGAGAUAAUGGAGGACCAGUUCGACUUCCACUCGUACUGCAUGCGCAAGAUGACGCUCCGCUCGUACGUGGGGCUGCUGCGGCUGGAGGACGUGCUGCGCGCGCACCCCUUCUACUUCCGCUGCGCGCGCGUCGCCGUGCGCGUGUACCUGCGCCUGCACGCGCGCCCGCGCUCCGACGCGCCGCAGACCGCCGAGCCCGACACAGAGAACCUAGCGCCUUCAGAAUUAAAAAAGCUUAGAAAUAAACAAAGGAAAGCCCAGCGUAAAGCAGAGCAAGAAAGCGCUCUGGCGGCACAAGUACAGGUAAAACGGGAGCAGCAUCAUAAAGCGCGGCAACAGCAGGAACAAGGCGACCCCGAAGCGCCGCAACUCGACGAACUGAUACCCGAGAAACUAGCGAGAGUAGAAGAUCCAUUAGAACAAGCAUUGAAAUUCUUGCAGCCCCUGAGGAUACUCGCGGCGGACAGGAUAGAGACACACCUAAUGGCCUUCGAAAUUUACUUUAGAAAAGAAAAGCCCCUACUGAUGCUGCAGUGUAUAAAGAGAGCGUGGAAAUUGGACAGCGAGAAUCCUGAGCUGGUGGACUGUCUGGUUCGUUUCCAACGGUGGCUGGAGGAAUCACUUUCCGGGCUGCAUCCGAACGUUGCGGCCGUUCUUAAGACUGAGACCCAACCGAUGGUGUUGGGACGCAGCGCGCUGCAGAUCGCGGAGCAGAGCGUGUCGGGCGCGGCGCGGCACGCGGCGGCGCUGUGGGCGGCGCGCGCGCUGCGGCGGCUCGUGCCCGACCGCACGGAGCAGGCGCUGCGCCUCGUCACCUCGCUCGACUACCCGGACGUCACUAUACAGAGUUGCGCAGACGUUUUAGAGAGCCUGAGGGAAGGCGACUUCGGUGAAUGCGAGGCGGUUAUAGAGCGCUACGUGGAGGCGUGCAGCGCGCGGUUCCCGUACGCGAUCGCCUUCAAGCCCGCGCCCGCGCCCGAAGCGAGCGAGAACCAUUCGGAAGAGACUACACCGCUACAGCCUAAAGAAAUUACUGCCAACAACUAAUGGCUGCGUCUGGCAGUGGCUCGAGGUUGAAAUCAAAGGAAAAUGUCCGAACGGGUGUUUGUAUGUCCGUCUCGUAACGGGCGACCGCCGCGCGGACACGCAGUCGGUCAAUUUGUAUUUUGUUUAUUGUUAAUUUGUUUUUUUUUCUCUUUGAUUUCAUAUUUCGAUCUUCGAAUUUGGCUAUUGGCCAAUUACGCACGAAUCUAAUGUUACUCUUCUGUUAACUAUAUAUUUUUCGCGUUAUCGUUUAUCUUAUUUAAAUUAUAGAUAAAACAAAUUUUCUUUUAGGAGAGUAAUGUUAGGUUUAAUCAGAAGAUGAGAAUUUCAUUUGACGAUUCGAUAUAUUGUUAGUAAAUUUCUCAAUCAAGGAAAUGUAUUUAUAACUGAAAUUUUAAGUCUUACUAACUUUAGGGAGUAUCAAAAGUACGCUGGUUCGGGUCGAUUGGUCUUUCAUAUCAAUAAUAAUGUCACAAAGACUGGUGAAGCGAGAUACGGUUUGUUUUUCAUUCGAAUUUUAUAUAUACAUUGUUCAUUUGCUGCGAUUUAUUUUGUUUCUUAUUGAAAGUGCGCGAUACGAAGUUACGAGACAUCGUUGUGACUUAAAAAUCGUGUCUAAAAGUUACCGAAAGCAAUAAAUUGACUGUUUAGUAGAGUAGGGUGCGGCUACAAUGCAUAAGGACUUACACGAUCGAUGUACAAAAUCACUUGUGAUAUAUAAAAAUAGCAAUAAUUAGUGAAUACUGUUUUAUUCGAUUGAAACAUUAAUGUGCUUAGUGCGAGUUUCUUAACGUUCUCGAUAGCGUAAAAGUUAACUCAAUUUUGUAUGCAGUUGGAACAGCGCCCCUAGCGGCAAACGUACGCAAACGAUCCCAUUCCAUACAAAUAUGAGUUAACUUAUACGCUAUUGAGAAAGUUAAAAAACUCGCACUAAGCACACUGAUUGUUCAUUGUUAGAUUUUCAAUGUGUUCCUCCUUCGUGGCAGUUGGUCAGUAAUCUUAACAGAUUUCUGUAAAUCGUAUUUAUGUUGAACUCUAAUUAAUUAUAGAGUCAAUAGUUUGGAAAACGGACUUUCAAUUCUGCCUUUAAAGUGUUGUAACUUUGAUGUCAUAUUAUAAGACAGACGGCAGAAUUUGCGUUUAUGCAAUAUUGCAAUUGUUGGUGCAAUAUCUUAGGGGCCUUACCCCUAAGAUAUUGCACCAACUUGUUGGCCCAACAAUACUAUUAAAAUAAAGGAGUGCAUUGCACCAAUUCGUUGGCCCAACAAUACUGAUUUAAAUAAAUGUGAGCCUGAAUUGUUCGAGCCGGAACAAGUGCCAGUACGCCUUUUUAAUACAGUAAAAGCUCGUUAUUCGCGGUGUAUAUGUUGGAAUGGUUAUUUACAUAUAUGGGAUUAUAGGGAAUACGUUCCUACGUGACAAACGCGUCGUAAAAAGUACUUAUAAAAAAGUAAUUACAACUACGCCUAAAGUAUAUCAUGUUUAAAUAUACUUUAGGCGUAGUUGUAAUAAAGUCUAGUUUACUUUUUUAUACCUUUGAAGCCGCGUUUAUAGGAUAUUCGGUUGGAUACCAACUUAUUGGAAUUUUUUUUUCAAUGUGAAAUGAAAUAAUUCUUAUAAGAAUCUUAUAUUUGCCUAAAAGCGCCUUUUUAAUCCGCAGAUAAUGAAAACGCAAAUGAAGGGACCGCGAAUAAGGGGCUUUUACUUUAUUUCCAAAAACUAAUUAAGGUUUACGGUUUGUGUAUUGAGGUUAUAUUUUUUCUUUUUAAUCAAUAAAAUUGGAAGACGACUGACGUUUUUGAGACGAUGAUGUUCAAAUUAACAUUAUAAAUCGCAAUGAAAACAUAAUAAUGAUGACUACGUUAUGUUCCUUUUAUUUUUUAGUUCUUAGACUUGUACGUGUAUUAAUUAUUUAUAAAACGUGCCCCUAAUGUGUCAGACUUUUUAAAUUUUCAAUCUCAAAUAUGUUGUGUGGUUUUAAAUACGUUUAAUUGUUAUUUUCGCACUGUCGUGGUGGUUUUUUUUUGUUAUCCCUAUGCUUACGUAUAUUACUAGUGUGCAUUUUGUAACAUGCAACAGAUAAAAUAACAAACAGUAUGAUUUCAUUAACAACUUAUAUUUUGGAUUUAAAGAGUACAUUAAAUUGCAAAGUUGGGAUUGGAUUUCUCAUAUUUUUUAUUAUUAAUUCUAGUCCAGUUGGAAGAGAACAAAUAAAAUGGUGUUUUGAAUCAUCAAAUAAAUAAAUAAAACGCAAUAAUCGACUGUAACAUUAAUGUUACAAUUUAUUUUGUGUAAAGUUAAGUAAUCUCUUUUCAUAUAUAGUGUGGCCUGAAGUGUUCAAUUCGAAUUGUUAAUAUUUGGUAAUUUAAUUUUUUUUUACAGAAAUACAGCAUUACUCAUUGCCACUUUACUCUCAGUCUAGGCAGGCUUUGUAAAUAAUACUUUUAAGUUGUCAUUGAAAAUUUCGAUUUAUACUCAGACCCUCCAGUCUUGUAUGCCUAUUUAAAUAUAUACUUUUGGCAGAACUUUAUUUCAUGUUUUUUAGUUUAAAACAUGAAUUCAGGAGUCAAUUUACUAUGUAAAACUUUAAUAAAAAAACGUUCGAAUAUAAAUUAAAAUCACUCAACUGUAGCGUUAUACUUUCGUUUAUUUCUGUAGAUAUGUGUAAAGUUUGACAAUAAUUAUAAUGAUACUCCAGAAAUGAGAAUGCUACAUGACAAAAUAGUCUCGGAUAAGAAAUAUUUUUAUUGGGGUCAUGAUUUUAUCUCAUGAAUUUUUUUAUAAAUGAAAUGGCUGAAAAAUAUUGAUUUCUAUUUAAUGUCCAUUAGAGGUGUCAAAUGACCCCAUUAAAUCACAACUUUUGAUCAUAUAUUUUAUUACAAUACAAUAAAACAAAUGCCUUACUACAUGUCCUACUCGAGUUUUGUUAAUGGAGUAAUUUGUACCCCCGCAUCAUCUUGUACAUAAAUAAAAUUUUAUUUUAUAAAAUUA